AUGGUGACACUGGAAUGCUUGCAGGUGAACAACGGCCGCGACUUCGCAAUUGAGAUCAACAACACCGAAUGUGUGCAAACAUUGAAAGAGCUGCUCGCCCAGCAGAUGGAGUACACGGUACACCCAGACGACCUGAAGCUCUUUCUGGCCAAGAACGACGAUGACAACUGGUUGCAACAAAACAGCGGCGUUGUCGAAGCCUUAAAAAGGGGCGUGGCGACUAAUGUCGUGAAAAAGGUCGAAAAGCCACAAAUGAUUGGCUCGUACGAAAUUCGCGCGUUGGGCGUUCCUACCGAAGGCAGUCGCGGAAACAUCCAUGUCUUGGUGGUUGUUCCGCCCAAGGAAUGGGGCGACGUCCGUCCGUCCAAGCAAGUGUUCGUCAUGCUCCAAACCUCCGUUGUCGACCUCAACGACGUAGGAGAAGGCGAGGUCCAGUCCACAGCCGAGCUUUCUCAACUCCUCCAGCUCUACGGUGACUUUCUGUCAUCGUUGUUCGUCCGCCAAGAAGUGAAGAUGGUGUGGGGCAUCCUAUGCAACAACUACAUCGGAAGUUCCCCUCCCAACAACGCGUACGUUCUCGUGGGGUCGCCUGGCGUUGGUAAAUCGGCGCUCCUUGUGCUGUUUUGCUGCUACUUGGCCACCCAUCACGCCUACAACAUCUACCUUGCGCGGACCCUCAAACAUGCAGGACGAGCGUCGUCCCCGCACGUUCUGCUGUGUUUUCGCGGCAAGGAAGUCACGGCAUAUCCAGACUGUCGCCCGCACCACACGGAGGCACUGUGGGCAACGUUUCGGACCGAGCAUGUACACAACCUGAAGUUCCUCAUCGUUGUGAUGGCUACCGCCAAACAAACUUCGAAAGCGGCCAACUGGACUUCUUCAACACAUGCAACUUGCUAUCAACAUCGGCGCAGCACAGACUGA